AACAUUGGCGAGAGGAGCUACACAUCCAUCUCGUCAUGUGUUCCGUCUACUACUUGCAUUUUGGCCAACGUGUGUCGUCUCUACCAGAACUCAUCCGGGAGCUCCUAUACGGUGGUGAUGGUCAACCACCGGAUGACCAGGUCAUUAUGCAGUAGCCAUGACUCCCAAACAGUAUGGGAAGGGGAGGAGGGAGGAGACUGGGUUGAGGGAGCAGUUACUGCUGAUAUUGGACUUGCGGCAUGUCAACUCAUUCCUCUCGGUACCUCGUUUUCGAUACGAAGGAUUUACUCGCGUUCCUGAUUUGGUGCAAGAAGGUGAUUGGCUAUUCACGAUCGAUCUCAAAUCUGGAUACCACCACGUCGACAUUCACCCCGCUUUUUGGCGGUUUCUCGGAUUCUCCCUGCAAGGGCAGGACUACCAAUUCCUCUCUUUGCCUUUCGGGCUGGCUACAGCGCCAUUUAUGUUUACCCUGUUAAUUAAGCAAAUCUCUAAACGUUGGCAUCGCCGCGGCAUCCGCCUUAUUCCAUACGUCGAUGAUAUCCUAUUCAUCAGUGCCACUCGAGCGGAGGCUCUUCACAACCGCUCCAUAAUCAUCGCCGACCUCGCAGCCGUGGGCUUUGUUGUGAAUUUCAAAAAAUCACAACUCGCGCCAGCACAAUCUUUGAAGUUCUUGGGCCUCUUGCUGGACACGCGCACCACCACAUUCUCUAACACAUGGAUUUUCCUGAUGAACGACGCGAUCCUCGUCGUCGUUGACCGAUUGACCAAAAUGGCCCAUUUCACCGCCUACAAAACGACAAUUACUGCCGAGCAGACAGCAAAACUGUUCCUCACGAACAUCGUGCGGCUAUACGACAUCCCAUCGGCAAUCAUCAGCGAUCGUGACCCAUGGUUCACGUCCAACUUCUGGACAAAAACCUUGCAGCAGUACGGCACACGUCUGCAACUGUCUAUGCCGUACCACCUGCAAUCGGACGGUCAGACUGAACGCACCAACCAGAUAAUGGAGCAGCUGAUUCGCACGACAUGCACUGACCCGACCCAAUGGGAAGACGCCCUUCCCUUGAUCAAGUUUGCGUGCAACAAUGCCCCAUAGGCCACGACUACUCAAUCCCCGUUC